AUGCCUUCGAUCGAAGAACCCAAGAACGAGGCCCGCCUGCUGCUCGUCUCCAACCGGCUCCCCAUCACCAUCAAGCGCUCCGAAGACGGCAAAUAUGAUUUUUCCAUGUCAUCGGGAGGUUUGGUGAGUGGACUCAGCGGUCUGUCCAAGUCGACCACCUUCCAGUGGUACGGCUGGCCUGGUUUGGAGGUGCCCGAGCCUGAGAUACCCGAGGUCAAGAAGCGCUUGAAGGACGAGUACGGCGCGGUGCCGGUCUUCAUCGACGACGACCUGGCAGAUCGUCACUACAAUGGAUUUUCGAAUUCCAUCCUCUGGCCGCUAUUCCACUACCACCCCGGUGAAAUCACCUUCGACGAGUCCGCCUGGGAGGCAUACAAAGAAGCGAACCGUCUUUUCGCAAAAGCUAUUUCCAAGGAAGUUCAGGAUGGUGAUCUGAUCUGGGUGCACGACUACCAUUUGAUGCUGCUGCCGGAGAUGCUGCGCGAGGAGAUCGGUGACACCAAGCAGAAUGUCAAGAUCGGCUUUUUCUUGCAUACGCCCUUCCCCAGCAGUGAGAUUUACCGGAUUCUGCCUGUGCGCAACGAGCUUCUCUUGGGUGUCUUGCAUUGCGAUCUUAUUGGAUUCCAUACCUAUGACUACACUCGCCAUUUCUUGAGCAGUUGCUCGCGCUUACUGGGACUUGCUACGACACCCAACGGAAUCGAGUUCCAGGGCAAGAUUAUUACAUGCGGUGCUUUCCCGAUCGGUAUUGAUCCCGAGAAGUUCAAGGAGGGUCUGAAGAAGGAGAAGGUCCAGAAGCGCAUUGCGAUGCUGGAGCAAAAGUUUCAGGGCGUCAAGCUUAUGGUUGGUGUCGAUCGCCUGGACUAUAUCAAGGGCGUACCGCAGAAGCUGCAUGCGCUGGAGGUCUUCCUCAGUGACCACCCAGAGUGGGUUGGCAAGGUCGUUCUGGUACAAGUCGCUGUGCCGAGCCGGCAGGAUGUCGAGGAGUAUCAGAAUCUGCGAGCGGUAGUGAACGAGCUUGUCGGUCGGAUCAACGGCAAGUUUGGCACGGUUGAAUUCAUGCCCAUCCACUUCCUCCACAAGUCCGUCAACUUUGAUGAGCUCAUUGCGCUCUACGCCGUCUCCGAUGCUUGCAUCGUAUCUUCGACCCGCGACGGAAUGAACCUGGUCGCCUACGAGUACAUCGCGACACAGCAGAAGCGCCAUGGCGUUUUGGUACUGUCUGAGUUUGCAGGUGCUGCCCAGAGUCUCAACGGCAGCAUCAUUGUCAACCCAUGGAAUACGGAGGAGCUGGCUGGUGCAUACCAAGAGGCUGUCACCAUGAGUGAUGAACAGCGCGCUCUGAAUUUCGCCAAGCUGGACAAAUACGUGUCCAAAUACACCAGUGCAUUCUGGGGCCAAUCCUUCGUCACCGAACUCACCCGGAUAUCAGCCCACUCUGCCGACAAAUUCCAGGCCAAGAAACUCGCCGUGGCCUCAAGCGAGAACGAAAUCCCGGUCCCUGAGAAAGCCGCGUAA